AUGUUGCGCCAAAUCCCCCUUGGAGAAGACGCCGAGGCUGUCCACCCCUUGACUAACGAAAACACCGCUAGCAGUCUGAGAGUGUCGAGGUCCAGGCUUCCUUCUCUGUCCUCACUCCUUGGAUCAGCCGAGAACAUUAAGGAGGAGAAAAUGGGUUUUAGACGCCUGGCAAAGAGUCUACUGCACAACGAAAGCAAGAAUGUCACGGCCAGCAAGGGCACCGAUCUGGACGAGGUUGUGCAAUGUGCCAUAGACGAGGACCGAGAAUCGCUUAGAUACUACGAAACCGCCAAGAAUUAUUCGCUUUCGUCAUCGAAAGUCAACAGGAAGCUGGCAGGUGAAACUCGCGGUAACGUUUCAAGACAGAGCCAAGCGUCGCGCCAGCAAACCGACUCUUGUGAGAAGGAGGAAACCCUGCUUGCACGACUCAUGGAGACCAACCUCAAAAUUCGACAGGAGACCAGGAAGGCAUCGAAGAACUCGACUAUCACCAGGGAUUCUGAGCCAGAGGAAGCCGGAGACAGCAGAGGUUCUGGAUCCAAACAGCUCGGUAUGGGGAGAAAGACGGGGAGCGUUGGAGCUGACAAUAAUGCACUUAAGAUGAACGAGAAUAUAGUCAACACAACCUUCCAUUUGGACAGACAAGUCACGAAGGAUGGAAUUUUGGAUGCCAUAAUGAGAGAAUCAAGGGUCGUGAUGCUCUCCAACAUACAUCGCAAUACUAGUUUGACCAGUAUAAUGAGUCAAAUUUAUGGAGGUCCUCUGGAGAAAGUGCAGCUUCUUGAUAAGUCGAGUUUGAAGGAAAAACAGUACGACUUGGGAAACCAAAUCAACUGGGAUGAGACUCUACUCCAUCUGUAUUUCCAGAGAGAAGAAGACGCACUCAAGUUCAUGAAUUUUGCCUCCACCGGGAUGUUUGUUGUCAAUGGCUACCAUUUGCAUCCAUCCUGGAUCCCGCGUAGCGGCAUCGUCAACACCGAAGACUACUUGUGUUACCACGAGAAAGACAGUCUGCAGUCUCUUGAGAUGAUGGGUGGGUCUGAAAGCGCGCGGCGAGUGUUAGUGCUGAAAAAACCAGUUCUUGCCAAAAGUAAGCUCAACAGCCAUAUCACCUCCGAAAAGAAAAGACCCAGCUAUCCCGAUCCUAUUCUCAACUACUCUCCAGAUUUUGAUCUGAACGCUAUACGUACAGACUUCUCACAGUUUGGCCCGAUAGUGGAGAUUCUGCCUGUUGUUUCUCGGAAACUCUGUUUCGCUGUCCAGUACUUUGACGUGCAAGCGGCUGUUGCUGCCAAACACGCCAUUCAAGCCAAGGGAAGCGUUUCUGACAACCAGAUGAGUGUCAAGUACAAAGACUGGUAUAUUUGGUAUGGACGGGAUCCAGCAGAUAAGGCUGCUUUGUUUGUCUAA